AUGGAUAAAGAUUUAAGUAAUAAAUUAAAAAUGCAAAAUUCAAAUAUAUCUUGCUCAAAUUUUAAUGGAAUAGAUUUUUUAGAAACAAGAAAUGAUUUAUAUCUAAAUAAUUCGGAUGUAGAAAAUUAUGAUAAAACAAAAAAUAAUAAUAUAAAGUUUACAAAUACAGAUAAUUCAAAAUGGAAUUAUGAUAAUCAGACAUUAAGACAAAAUCAUGAUAUUAACAUUUCUAAUGAAAUAAAUUCAAAUAAUAUAAAUAUAUGUGACUUAAAUAAUAAUAUUAUAAAUUAUCAAAAAAAAAUAAAUAACUAUAAUAGCUUGAGACAAAAUAAUAUUGCAUAUUUAGAUUCGAAUACACUGAACUCUAAUAAUAUUUUUAAUUUUAAUAAAGUUUAUAAUGAGAAUAAUCCUCUUGUUAUAAAGUCAAAUACAACAGAUAAUAAUCUACAAAAAAUGAAUUCUCAAUACUUUAAUGUAAUGAAAUAUUCUGAUUAUUAUAAUUCUAAUAAUUGUAUAUAUAACACAAAUAUUUUAAAUACUAGUAUAUCAGAAAAUCAAAAAAAUUAUUCAAAUAACUCGAGCCCAUACAAAAAUGAUUACUUAAAAUUUAACUUGAGUUCUGUUAAUGUUAUAAAUAGUAAUUUGAAUUUUUCUAAUACAUCUAAUUCUAGUAAUGCUAAUUCCAACGUAUUUAAUAGUAAUAGGACAACACCUAGCAUAAAUGUAAUGAAUUAUAAUCCGAUUAACUCUUGUAACAUAAAAUAUAAUUCAAAUAUGUUUGAUUUCACAUCGACAGGAAAUGUAAAUUCCUUAAAAGUCAAAGAUUUUAAUUUUAGUGAAUUAAAUCCAAUAAAUUUUCAAGAAUCUGAUUUAUCCAAUUAUUCAAAUGUAAAUUUGAAAAAUAUAAAUUUUUUAAACACUCCUGUUUCUUAUAAUAUUAUCUCAAAUAAUAUUGAUUCUAAUAGUUAUAUUUCCUCUAAUAAUAGUAAGUGUUUAAAUUCUAACUUUUUAAAAAUACAUGCUAUAAAUUAUAAUGAUUCUAACAUAAUAAAAGAAAAAUCUAAUCAAUUAAUUUUUUCUGAAUCUUCCGUUUUUUGUAAUGAUAAAGAAAAAGUAUUAAAUGAAGAAAACUUAAAUAUUGAAGAUGAAAAAAAGGAAAAAAGAAAAAGAAAAGAGAAGGAUAUAGAAGAAAAGGAUAAAGAGAAAAAAACAAAAAUAGAAAGAAAUGAAAAAUAUGAAGAGGAAAAAACAAAAAGAAAGAAAGUACAUUUAAUAAAUAACAAUUUUAAUAUUCAAAAAAAAAAACAUAAAAAUGAAAUUAUUUUAAAAAAUAUAGAAGAUAAAAAUGGAAAUCCAAAAAAAAAGAAUUAUGAUGAAGAUGAGGAUAAAGACGAAGAUGAAGAUAAUAAUGAUUACAUAAAGGAAAUUUCUGACAUAAAUAAAAAAAAAUACUUAAAAAAAGAAAAGGAAAAUAAUAUGAUAAAAAAAAAUAAAAACAAAAGAGACUUAACAAAUGACAACAAAACUUUAAAUAUUAAAGUAAAAAAUUUUGAUUCAUUUAAUGAAUCACAUCAAAAUAUUCGUGAAGGAAUGAAAAUAAGUUCAACAGUUGGUAAUGAAAAGCAUAUAGUAGUAAGUAGACGAAACAGUAAUGUUUUAAGAAAAAUAAUUAAUUUUGAAAAUACAGUGAUAGACACAAGAAAUGAAAAUUUACCUAGUAAAAGACAAAUAAAUAUAAAGCACUUAAAAGAUGUUAACAUUGCAAACAUAGUUAGAAGAGAUACUAUAAAAGAUAGAUUAAGAUCAAGUGCAAAAAAAACCGAUUUAGAAAAAAAUGAAAAAAAUAAAAGUAAAUUUAUAAAUGAGGAUAUUAAUAACAAAUCAUUAUCAAAAUAUGAUUUUCUUGUGAAUAAAAAUAUCAUGUUCAAAAAUGUUAGUAUAGGAAAUAAAAAGGUCAAAAGUAACAUGGAAGCAAGUCAUUUAGAAAAACAUUACAAUAUAUUAGAAGAGAAAAAUAAUGAUAUAAAUGAAAAAAAACGAAAAUUUAAAGAUAGCAGUGAAAUAAAAGAUAACAUAAAAGAUGAAAAAAUAGAGUUACUUAGUAAAAGUGAAAAAAAAAUAAAAAAAAAUAAAUACUAUGAAAAAUUGCAUGAUACAAAAGUUAUGAAUAAUAUAAAUAAUGAAACAGUGUAUGAAAAAGAAUGUUCAGGGAAAAGUAAUAAAUAUAAUGAAAGAAAAAAAGAUGAAAAAGAAAAUUUUAAAAAUAUAGAAGAGAAAAAAAAAAGUAAAAUAAAAAAAAAAAACAAUACUGAUUAUAUUAAUAAUAAAGAAAAUGCAGCAAAUGUAAUAAAAGAUUGUGAGCAUAUAAAGGAAAAAGUUAUAGUGGAUGAAAAAUAUGAGAGAGAGGGAAAAAUAUAUAAUAUUAGAAAGGAAAAUAAAAAUUUUGAUAAUAUAGAGGAAAAGAGAAAAAAUGGAAAAAUGAAAAACAAACAAAAUAGUGAAAAAACUGCAAAAGAAAAAAGUGAAUUUGAUAAGUUGGAAGAAAAUUAUAAUGAAAAAAUAAAAGAAAAAGAAGAAUUAAAUAAUAUAACAUUUGAAAAAAAAAAAAAAAAACUUAAAAUAAAAAAUUUUAAUAAAGGAAAUUAUAUAGAUAUGAAAGUUAAAGACAAUGAAUCUUUAAAUAAAAUAAUCGGAGAAAAUAAAGAAAAUAAAUAUAAAAAUAAUGAAAAUAAAAUAAUGUAUAAAGAGGAAACAUAUAUUAAUAAGGAAAAUUAUGCAAUGAUGAAAGAAAAUGAAUGUACAAAUACUGAAAAUAAAAUAAUAUAUGAAAUACAUGAAUUUAAAGAUAAUGAAAAUAAAGUGAUGGUUGAAAAAAAUGAAUAUGAAAAUAAGGAAAGUAAUAAAAUAAUUGAAGAUAAUGAAUAUAAAAAUAAUGAAAAUGAAAUAAUAAUAAAAAAAAAUGAAAAGAUAACAAAAGAAAGUGAAACAUUAAUAAAAGAGAAUAAAAACAAAAAUAAUGAAAAUGAAAAUUAUUGUUCAGACCUAAAUGAUAUGUAUGAUACAAAAGAAGAAAUAUUAGAAAAAGAAGAAUUGAAAAUAAAUGAAAGUAAUAAUAAAUAUCAUACGGAGAAAUUUUUCAAUAAUGGUGAUAAUAAAUGUGAUUUAAAUAAUAGUUUGAAUAUUAGAAAGAAUAAAUGUAACUUAAAUAAUCCAAAAUAUGUAACAAAUAGUUUGAAUGGUGAAAAUAAUAUGAAUAGUAAUUUAAAUAAAAUAAAUGAUAUAAAAAGGAAAGUAUUUGUCGAAAAAGAAAAGGGCAUGAAUGAUAAAGAUAAUUAUCAAAUUACUAAAUCAGUGAUUGAUGAAAAUAUUAAUAGUAACUUAUUUUGUAAUUAUGAUAAAAAAAACAGUAUUAAAGACUUGACUAGAGAUUUAUAUUCUUCAACAGAUGGAAAUAAUGAUAUAAUAAAUAAUAAAAAAAAAAAGUUUUGGUCUAAUUUAGGUUCUAUUAGUUAUAUAGAUAACUUUGUUGGAAAAGGCUCGUAUGGUAGUGUUAGAAAGGUUUUAUAUAAUAUUGAUUUAAACAGAGAGCAUCUCAAAUUUUAUAUUGAUAAAAUAAAUAGUAGAGAAUUUAUUAAUUUGUUUUUAGAAUCUAAUUCUAUAAAAGUGAAUUCAGAGUUUAAUAAAGAUGAAAGAAAUUCCCUUCAUGAUAAAAAAGAUAUAAAAGAAAUUUUCAAAAAUAGUACUAAACAUGUUAAUGACAAAAAGAGAGACUUAAGUAAUUUUGAAAAUGUUUUAUUAGCAAGUAAAAAAGUAGAUAAUUGUCUUUGUUGUUAUAAUAAAAGAUAUUUUGAGUUGGCUAUAAAAGAAAUAGAUGUUAGUAGAAAAGGUAAUGAGUUUCAAUUUUUAAGAGAACAAGAGUUAUUAUGUCAUUUUAAUAGUAACGUUAUAAAACCAUUAAGUACAAAAAUUGGAAAUUUAAAAGAAAAACAAAAUUAUGAAAUAUUAAUGCAUUGUGCUAAUGGAGAUUUAAGAAAAUUAUUACAAAAUUUAAUAUAUCAUAGGAAAAAAGAAUUUGAAAAAAGAAAAAAGGUUAAUAAAAUAUUAAAAUUAAUGCAUAUCAUAUUUGGAAGAAAAUAUAAAUGCUACAGAAAUGAAAAUGAUAACACUUGUAUAGGUUUAUGUUAUGAAAAAUUAAAAAAAAUUAAAAUGAAAUUAAAUAAUAGUAUAGUUGAGAUAAAAUAUCCUAAAUUUGAUCACAUAUAUGAUAAUAUAAAAGUUUAUAAUUGUGGUUUAACAGAAUCAGAAUGCAAAUUUUUAUUUUUUCAAAUAGUGAAUGGCAUUAGUUUUAUACAAACAUGUUAUCAAUCUAAUAUAAUACGUGUAACUGAUAUUAAAUUACAAAAUAUAUUAGUUUAUACUGAUGUAUAUAAUUUAUAUAACCCUAUGAGGUGGCAUUUAUGUAUAUCUGAUUUUGGUUGUUCUGCAAUGGAAUAUGCCACUUUCUAUUUAGAAAAUUCUAAAAAUUAUCUAAACGUAUAUAAAACUUUGUUAAAUCAAUGGAAAUAUCAAUUCAAAAACCAGUUAUCCUCAUAUUUUCAAGGAACAGUUUAUACAAUGGCACCUGAAGGAUUAUGCUACGAUCAUAAAGGAAAUUUUAGACAGUCAAAAUAUAAUAAAUUAAUUUAUUUCUACGAACAGAAUUUUGGUAAUAUAGAAAGUAGAUUUCAGGAGUUACAAAAACCCUUAGUUUCUAUUAAAAAUUCUGUAAAUAAUUUUAAUAUAUUAAAUAUAAACUCAUCAUCAAAUUUUCAUUUUUUAAAUGAUGAUAGAGAUGAAAAAUUGAAUAAUAAUAAUAAUAAUAAUAAUAAAGAAGAAAAAAGUAUAUUAGAUAAUAAGGAUUCUUCCAAAAAAAUUAAUUUAUUAUCUAAUGUCAUGAACAUAAAAAAUAAAAACAGUGAACAGGUUAAUUCAAAUGAAAAAAAUAAUUUAAAUGAAAAAAGCAGUAAUAAUAAUAAUAAUAAUAAUAAUAAUUCGACUGAAUAUUUGCCUUUCGAUGUAAGAUGUGAUAGUUGGUCUUUAGGAAUAAUUUUAGCUGAUCUCGGAAAAUGUGGUAUAAGUUCAUAUGAAUAUAUGAUAUCAGAAAAAUCAAAUGAAGAUAGUAAUAAUACUAUAGGAAAAGGAAAAAAUAUAAACUUAAAUAAUAUUAUUUUAAAUGAUUUAAAUAUUUCAGAUGAUGACGAAAUAUUUUAUUUAAAAUAUAUAAUGAAUUAUUAUGAUAUUGCAAUUUUAGAAUGGGACAACAAAGAAAUAGAAAAUGAAAAAAUUAAAAAAGAUAUUAACAAAAAUGAAAAAAGAGCAAACGAAAAAGAAAAUGUGAACAUUAAUAAUUUAAAUAAUAAUUAUAUAAAUAAACAAAAAGAAAAAAUUAUAGAUAAUAAUAUUAUAAGUAAAAAUUAUUCUAUUGGUGAAGAAAUAAAGGGUGUAGUGGAAAAUGAACUUUUAAAUAAAGAUUUUCCUAAUGAUGAGAAUAAAAAAAAUAGAGGAACUGAAUUAUUAAAUAUAAAUGAUACUAAUAAAGAAAGAGAAAACAAAAGUACAUUGAAAGAUAUUUCUGAUAAGGAUAAAACAAAUGGAGACAAUAAUUUAGAAAACUUAGAGUUAUUUACAAAACAUUACAAAUUAUUUAUGUUAAAAUAUAAAGAAUAUUUAAAAAAUGACAAAGUUGUAACUAUAAAAAGUGAAUUUAUAAAAUAUUACAAAAUGAAUAAAAAUAUUAUGAAUGAGAGUAAUAUAGAUAAAACACUAUUGUUAUUAUUUUUAAUAAUUAAUAACAAUAUAUCUUAUAAUUACAAUUAUGAGGUUCAAUCUUUUUUAAAAAUAGAAUUAACUAUAAAAAACCUUGGUUCGGGAAUAUUUAAAUUUAGAAGUAAGAAAGAAAAGGAAAAAUAUUUACAAGAAUUUAAAAUGAACAUACAAAAAGAAUAUAUGAAUGGAAACAAAGAAUACUGGCAUAGUAGAUUAACAAAUAAGUAUUUAGCUGUUAUUUUAAAGGAUAUAUGCCAUGAUAACUUUACCAAUAGAAAAAAAAAUAUUAAAAAAUGUUUUAAUAAAUUUGAAUUUCCUCUAAAUUAUAGUGAUGAUUAUUGGAAUUUGUUAACUGAUCUUUUGAACUAUGUACCUUAUGAAAGGUUAUUAGCUUGUGAAAUUAUUGGUCAUGACUUUUUUUCCGCAUCUAAUGAAAAAAUAAAAAAUAUAAAAUUUGAAAAUACUAAUGAGUAUAAUGAAUUAUUUGACAAAAAAGAAUUUUGUGAUAUAAUAUUAAGAAAUUAUUUGCAAGAGAAAAAAGAAAAGAGAUAUUUAUAUAAACUAUUACAUGAGGAAUCAGAAAUAGACAUUGAUAAUUCUGAUAAUAGAAAAUAUCAGUUAAAACACAUAGAUAAAAUAAGAGAGGGAAACCCUCUUACGCAAUUAGAUAACCACAGUAAUAAAAGAAAAAAGGAAAAUGAAUUAAAGACAAAUAAAUUUAUGUCAAAUGAAAUACACAAUAAUUAUACAAAUAAUUUUAUAUCAUUUUUAUAUGACACCAUUAUUGGAAAUAUGAAAAAUAAAUGUGAUUUUUGCGAUAACAUGAGUGAUUGUUUAGAUUAUAAAAAUAUUUUAAGAAAAAUUGAAAAUUUAGAAAAUAAUAUUUUAAAUAUUACAUUUAAUAACAGAAAUAUAAUAAAUGAAAAACAUAAAAAAAAUAAAAUUUUAUAUCCAAGCAAUAUAUGUAACAAUAUAUAUUAUUUUUUAAAUGAAUAUUCUAUUUAUAAUGAGUUCAAAAAAUUAGAUAUAUUUAUGAAUAUACAUUUACCAUUUGAACACUUAUGUCUUCCAAUAUGUGAUGAAAAAACAGUUAAAAAUAAAAAUUUAAUUAAUUUCUUUUUUAAACCAAUUUAUUAUUAUUCAUUUCCAUAUAAAAUUAUACAUGCUUGGUAUAUAGGGCCAUUACAUAUUUAUUUGAAUCAUCCUAAUAUUCCUGAUUAUAUAAAACUUAUUUGUUUAAGAGAAUCAAAUAUUUUAAGAAGAAAAGAAAUUAUUUUUUGGUGUUCUGAAGAUAUUAUUUUAAAAAAUAUAUUAAAAAUUAAAAAGCUUUUAAGUUGUUCCAAUGAUUUUUUAUGUACUCCUUAUAUUUCACAUAUAAUAGGAAAACAGUUAAUAAUAAGAAAACAGUAUCUUUUAAAAUUAUUUAAAAAAAAAAUUGUCUAA